GUCAACUGUUAAUGUGCUUAUUGGAUGUUGGUUCUUCGAGCCCUCCAAACUUUUCCAUCGAACUUCAAGAUGUCUGCAAAAACUUCAACCGUACCUGAUGAGAGUAACUUAUUGUUGCCGGCUGUGAUAGACCUAAGAGCUCAGGAAGAUCCAGACAAACUUUUCUGUGUUUUGCUGAAAUCUGCAGACGUUCAAGAUGGGCUGGAUUAUGUAUCAUACAGCGACUAUGCCAAUGCCGUUAACAGAUGCUCAUGGUGGCUUGAGGGGAAGCUAGGAAAAGGUGACGGUCGUAAUAUGAAGACCAUUGGAUACUUUGGACCGCCGGAUAUUCGACAAACCAUUGUCGCUCUGGCGGUUUCUAAAAUCAACCAUAAGGCUUUGCUGCUUUCUCCACGAAACUCCGUCGAAGGUAUCGUCGAAUUACUUGACGUGUGCGACUGCCAUAGUCUUCUUUUUGCCCAAGACAUUCAGGCCAUCCACCCCCUUGUGAACAAUAUUUCAUCUAGGAGAAACUUGCAAGUUUUGCCUUUUGAAGCUGUCACACACUGGCUUGAUAGUGCCAAGGUUCCUCGGUAUACAUUCGAUGCUACACUUGAGAAGGAUGCAAGCAGACCUUUUGCGAUCUUGCAUACCUCAGGAUCAACAGGAUUUCCAGAACCAGCUAUCUAUACUUUUGGUGCCAUGGCAUCAUACCGCACCUUUCUUGAGCCCCAAGAAGUUAUAGCGGGAGCGAAAAGGACAAUGGUCGACCUCUGGAAAAAUAAAGUCACAUAUGUUGCUUUCCCAACUUCUCAUAUGGUUGGUUUCCUUUGCGGAACUGCAUUUAAUGUGUAUUGGGGUAUGACUCCGAUUUUUGGGCCUGGCACUGUCAUCCCUACACCAAAAUUGGCUGCUUCGAUCCACCAACUCGAUAUAUGCAAAUCUACUGUCCUGCCAGUGUCUGUCUUAGAGCCAUUAACUAGAGUGCCAGAGUACCUUGAGGGACUUCGAAGCCUCGACCUGACCAUCUGGUGUGGCUCACCCUUUAGCUCCUCCGCUGUUCCAGAAAAGAUCCGAUCGCUUGUGACUAUCAAUGCUGGUUAUGGUGCAACGGAAGCUGGCCCUUUUGUCACGCAAGUAGAAAGCCAAGACGACUAUGAAUAUAUGAGCUUCAGUCCUCUCAUGGGAGCGCGAUUUCAGCAAUAUACAGAUGAUCUCUACGAAAUGAUUAUUGAUAAGAAGGUUGAGCUUAACGGAGCUCAACACAUAUUCUGUGCUUUCCCCGAGUUGAAUGAGUGGCACUCCAAGGAUCUAUUUUCCAAGCACCCUACAAAGCCAGAUUUGUGGCGAUACGAAGGACGUACUGAUGAUAUCUUGGUUUUAUCCACUGGCGCCAAUAUCAAUCCUCUUUCUAUGGAAGGCGUUCUUAUGACACAUCCAAAAGUUGUUUCUGCGCUACUGACCGGGGAAAGAAAGCCAGAGACAGCCUGGCUUAUAGAGGUUUGUGAUCCGCCACAAAAUGUCGAGGAUCGUCAAUCGUUGAUUGAAGAGUUGUGGAGUACCAUAGAGAAGGCCAAUGAUGAGGCUCAUGUCAGAAUUGAGGCCAAAGUUAAGAGGUCUAACAUCAUCUUUGUAACGAAAGAGAAGCCAAUGUCGAGGGCAGCAAAGGGAAGUGUUCAGCGCAAGGCGACUAUUCGCGCAUAUCGCGAGGAAUUAGAUGCCUUGUACGACAAUUAGCCGUCAUUGCAUCUGUAUUUAGAAAGAGGAGAAAUGUCACUAAUAUUGUAUGAUAAAUUGAUUGUGUAGGUCGUCGAAAGCA